AUGAACUUCGUCUUCGCCAGUAUUUAUAACCUCGUCGGUAUUCCUCUGGCGGCCGGCGUGUUCCGGCCCUGGGGUAUCGUGCUGCAGCCGUGGAUGGGCUCGGCCGCCAUGGCUCUCAGCUCGGUCUCGGUCGUCUGCUCCUCGCUGCUGCUCAAGCUGUACAAGAAGCCGACCCGCGAGAGCCUGGCCACUUUGGAGUACCUGAAGGCCAUGGAGGCGCGCUCGCUGGCGCACGACUCGGCCGACACCGUGUCCAUCCACCGCGGCCUGGACGACAUCACCAUUAGCAUGCCGAAGACCAGCACCAGCCUCAGCAGGUCGACGGGAGCGUCGACGCUCACCGAUGAUGAAGGGAAGCAGCUUCUCUCCGACCACAGUCACCUCUAGUCAUCCGUGAGUUGUGCUGGCCUGGUGCCGGUCAUGUUCGGGGAGCCGUUGUGAGCUGUUGCUGAAUCGUGCGGCGUCGGUGUCCGCUGCCGCAAGCCGCGAUGGCUUGAUUUUGGACUCGGCUGACGGCACAGUCGACGUGUAACCAAGGCAUGCCGCGGCUGUUGGUGAGGUCAACAUGGCCCAUGCAUGCCGCAAAGGCACUGAAAUCGAAGCAGAAAGGAAGGAAAUGUCCGUCUUUAUCAUGUCGGCUAGUGAU